CUGAGUCCUCAGUGCAGAUUGCAGAAGAUACGAAGACACAGCAGCCUGACGAGGAAUAAGCCCCUCUCUCUCCCUUGCAGCUAUGCGACCCUCCAUCUCUGUGACUCUGGAGCCCGGGUUGGAGCGAGGCGUCCCGUGGGGUCGUGACCUCUACACCUUCGUAACCUCAGCAGCGGGUCACAUGAUGAGGACACUACAGAAGCCCAGGAAGAACCGGCCGUCCAAACGUCAGGUCAACCAUCGCCGCUUCUGCAAAACAUGAUCCAGAGAAAGUUUGCAGACAUAGAAGCAACAAACCACCGGCUGGCAUCUUCUCUUUGUCACAUGGAGAAGGAAAAAAACACAUCCUCUCCACCAUCACAGAAGCCAGAGAGAGCUGACCGGUCAGGGAGCCCAGCCCAAGGUGAUGAUCUACCAGACCAAGAUAAAUGCAGCGCUCACACAGAGGGCAGUGAAAGUAACGUGUCGCAUACAAUUGAAAUCAGUGAAAAGAAGCAGCAGGAUUCAGGACAUCUCUGGAAGCGACAUCCCAAAUCACAGCCCACCACCUGCAAUGCUAAAAAGAAGAACAACAGCAAAGAAAGACAGAAAAAAGACAAUCACCUCUCAUCUUCAUUAUCACAUAUGACCUCCCCACAAGGCAUAGACUAUCACCACGAUGAAGAGCUCCGAUAUGCUGAGUGUUACAACGGUGACAGUCAGCUGGAGUCAGCCAACAACUCCUCUGAAGACUUGACUCAGCAGGAAUCUGGCUUCAUCCAGUUCAACCAAGACGCAGACAUCUCUCCUUCCGUCUCUCCGCUGUCUCUGGACUCGUCAUGUGACUUCUCAAUCCAGAUGUUCUCAAACAUGUCCCCUCAGGCCCAGAAGAGUAUCGCUGACAUUUCAGAGAGUCAGUGGGCAGAUAUCAUGGAUCUUUUCAGCGUUGGCAGUAAAGACUUAGGAGGCUGCAUGGAUGUUGAGACAUAUUUUGAAAGUAUCUGUGCCUGCCAAGGUGACUCUGGGCAGGAAUUUAAUGCCGAUGAUGUUGGACUUGCAGACCAGUCAGAUAUUUUUAGAAGCUCUGAAGUGGAUGAUCAACACAGUGAGACAGGCGAGCCUAGAUAUGAAUACAGUUAUCAUGGGGAUCAGGGGCUGCCAAUAAACCACUUCCAGAGGAGCUUGCAGGCACAGAGACAAAAUGAAGAUGCUGAAGAGACACAGUUUAACAAAUUUAAGGCAAACCGAGAUACAAAUAUCGCUCAGCUCCCAACAUCCACAUCGAUUGGAUACCAAUACAACGCCUCAGGAGCUUCAGACGUACCAGCGUCCCCAGGAGGAGAUUCCCUGUAUGCUGGUAAAUUGUGAAAAUAACCAAAACUUUAUACCAUUUGAGGGAAUAGCUCAGUCAUUCCCUGUCCCACUUCAUAUUCCUGAGCACCGUCCUAUACAAACACCGCCGCAUGAGGAUGACUGGCUGUUCACUGACAUCUUAAAGGACACAAAGUCACCAAACUGCUAGGAAAACAUCAUCAUCUUUUCUUAUUAAGGUUUGUUAAGUCUUAACCCCUUGUGCCUCAUUAGUGGCAUUGAAGGCUUUAAAAAACGUUUUUGAAUAAAUUUGGAUGUGUUAAUAUGUAUAGGGCAUACAUUUUGACAAGGGUUUGUCAUAUAUGGUUAAAAAUAUAAUUGCAUUGAGGAUUUUUACAUUUAAUUCAAUGCUAAUUAUUGACAAGCUGAGACUGUGACACAAGUUCACCCCAGCAUUUUACUCUAGUGACGUUUUGAAAAGAACUAGCAUCUGAAAGAGAGAAAUUACACAAAAGAAAUUAAAUAUUUGCAGUUCAUGACGGAAAUUCAUCAAAAGAUGUUCAAGUGUGAAAGUGGAGAUAAUAUUAAUAUGUAACAUUAUGGCAGUUUUUCCGAGAAUCAGCUUUCAGACUCCUAGCUCGUAUCAUUUAUUUAAAAGGAGAUAGAAAAGAUAUGCUUAUGUCAUCAUACUAAAAACAUGUUAACACUGAUAGCUCCAUCUGCAAGAUGAGUAACAAGAGGGAUGUGUUUAACAAGCAUCUAGUCAAGGAGAAUGUAUAUUAUAGGUUUUAUUUAAAAAAGAUACUGUAUUCUGUAUUGCAUUUAUCUUAGCAGCACUUUUAUUGUAAUAUUUAAAUAAAUCAUGUACAGUAAAUCUUAAAUCAACAAUUUUUUUUUUACAUUUCUAUGUUUACGCUUUAAACUGUUGUUUGUGCCAUGUGAUGUUCAAUUUGUGUUACUUACAGUAGUAGUACCUAAGUAUAUGUUUAAAGUGGUGACAAAUAUUUAUAACAAUAAACUAAAUCUAAAGGCUAAUUACUCCUGUUUUAUAGUGUGUGUGUGUGUGUGUGUGUGUGUGUGUGUGUGUGUGUGUGUGUGUGUGUGUGUGUCAGGGGGAUUACAAGAAUAUGUCUUGCAAAAAUGUCUUACAAACUAUUGUCAGAACUCAAUAGGAUCAUGUAUUUAUAUUGUA